AUGCCGCAAGGGCAGUCAAAUGUCCAACUCAUGAAAAGUGCAGUGUUGCCGUCACACCACCAAAACAGACAAUUAUGGAUAAACAAAUACAGUGCUGAUUUCUCCUCCGAGUCCUAUGAAGACGCAAAUAAUUGCUCGGUACAUGUGAUUAAGUUGACAAAUUACCCCAAACAGCUCACUCCGAAAGAGUUCGAAUAUAUAAUGUCACUUACCUCAGUUGAAUAUCUAAAUCACCUACGUUGUAACUUUCCCCCACAAUUAACGUCACUUAGCACCGACGGGGUUGCUUGUGUUAAGGCGCACAAGUGUGACAUUAGCAGUCCACUAUUUGAGUUAUGCCCAUCUGAACUUGUGUUCCAAAACUAUGUCGAAAACCACACAUAUGAACUACCAUUGAUACUGCGUAACGUUGAUUCGAUGAUGCACAGUGUGCAUUUGGUGCACGAAAACAAUCCAUAUUUUCAAAUAAAAUACUUAAGCCCUAUUGGACAUAAGAUUGCAGCAGGGCUAUCACUACACUGUCUGGUGUCAUUUACACCCGACUCACUUCGCGAUUACCAGCAUGAACUGCUGUGCAUUACUGAUCGUGAAACCUAUAAGAUUCCAAUUUACUGCCUCGGUCCUCGAGCUAUUUUAGACUUUCCUGAUGUAAUUGAUUUUGGAAGCUGUACAAUAAAAUACAACACUUCAAAAUUUAUCAUGAUAAGAAACGUUGGAAAGACUGCUUCCAGUGUCACACUGCAUACCACACCUUCUUCAGGUGAAACACUCUUUGUUAAGCUAAAAGGUGUGGGACAACUCGCUGCCGUGCAAUUGGAAGCAGACGUUUUAAACCUAGGAUCUACUUACAUUGGUCAAUCUGCUACCAAAAACUGUAUAAUCUAUAACAAAUCUGAUGUGUGUAUCAGAUACAGAUGGAGUCCUUUAAAAGAUAAUAUUGAAGAGGAGAACGAAAAGCACAAGCUCGCUACCUGGGUUACAGUUCCUUCCAAACAGAGGCAUUCCAUCACAAAAGGAAAACUAAUCAGUUGGUUUGAACAUUUAUCAUCUGAAAAACUGACACCAGCGCCGACAUUCGAAGACAUGAAAUCUGCACCAUUUACUAUCGAGUCUGUCCAAGGAGAAAUACUGCCCCAAAGUAGCCUGGAAUUUACCGUUUACUUCCAUCCACAACAAGCAAAAGAGUACAAUGAUACGUUGUAUUGUGACAUAGCAGGACAGGAAGAAGGACUGAAGCUACACCUCAGCGGAACUGGUCUCGGCCCACGAGUGAAAUUCUCCUUCCGUUGCUUGGAUAUGGGCAAGCUAUUCAUUGGAGCCAAGCACUCCUACGAACUUGUACUCUCAAACGUGGGUUGUAUCAAUGCGACAUUCUGCAUGCGAAUACCAGCUAGUGAAUUUUCCGACUGCUUCACAAUCACUCCGAGCAUUGGAGAAAUAGAACCCAACGAAUACCAGGCAAUUUGUGUUGAGUUUUGCUCACUAAUCCAGCUUGGGACUUUUGAAGAAGCAGUGGAAAUUUUCUUCGAAGGAUGUGAACAACCGGAAAACGUCCGGUUUUGUGGCACCGUGGUUGAGCCAUCCUUUCAUUUCGAACCACCGGAGCUGGAUUUUGGAGAAGUCUCACAUGGUAAGUCGCACGUUUGCUUUUCUCCUUCACGGUUGCUACAACUAAAAGUGGAUGCGUUUUUCGCCGACCGAUAA